CUCCACCGCAACUAACUCACCAUUAGCAUCUACUCCAGGACUUAUAGAAUGCGACCGUUCUAUAUACACUACUGCUGAGUUCUCGUGCAACAAUUGAGGGGCCAAAUGGCCACGACACCGCGCGAGUGUCGCGAUUACCCUCCCGACGACUACCACACUCCCUCGUUUCCAUCCCUCUGCUGGCCUUAUGCGAACAAUUAUUGCGCUCUAUAUACCGUUUGGGAUUCGUGGCGAUUCACCCUGCUCUGGACUCUGAUACUCUACGCCCUUUUCCAUCUGGGCGCGGCGGGUAUUGCAUUGUCUGUGCAAAUCGGGAAACCGGGAUCGGUAUGGAAGUACUUGCUAGCUGUGCCGGCCAUCUACGCCUUGGUUGCAGGAGCUGAGGCUUUGUUUACCGGGAGCAUCGUCGGGUUAAUACUUGGCGCUGUCUACAUUUCCGGAUGCUACCAGAUGCCGACUUGGAUACCAUUUAUAUGGGGAUGGAUAAAUGUUUUGGUUUUGAUCGUUUCAUCCUUCACCAUACAAGGAGGCCUUUGAGGCGCGAAGCUGUAUGAUAAUAGGACGAUUUUACGGAUCCUAAGGGUAUCAUUUGCCCUAACAUCAGUACGCGAGAAAGUCAAUACACACUCCAGACCGAAUUUUUGGGUCCUACACAACCUGAUGCGAUAGCCGCUACUGAGGGAAUAGCUCAGAAUAUACAUAAUCUAGGUGUUGAGGGGAUUGAGGUUUCAAAUCUCUGACUUGUCUUGCGCUUAUCGACCCUUUUAUCAUAAAGCUUGAUGCUCCUGGGUAAACAUACCAACAUGACGAUAAUUAGUUAAAACCAAUUGGAUAUGAUUGUGGUAAUCUUGCUAAUACUAGCCAGCCUCAUGAAUUUUGAAUACCUAGGUAGUUAGGACUCAACGGAAGCUUCUGUGAUACGUCAUCAUAUCCGAUGUACCUUUUCUGCAGGUAUCACA